GUGGUGGUCCGGCGUUCUCCGGCCGCAGCACGUAUCACGUUUUCCUCCUUUUCCAACGAGUUGCGUGCGUUAGAGCUUUUGGGCUUAGUUAUUUUCCUUUCGGACGAUAUUUUUCUUUUCAACCCGGCAGUGUUAAAUCCAUCAAUUAUGGAUAUUUAAUCGAAACCAGUCUAUUGUGUUUUUUUUUUACCUUCUAAGGGCCAUAUAUUUAUAAUUAUAUUAUUUUACGGUGUAGUAAUAUUCCAAUCCUGUAGUCAUCAUGUCCGAUACUGCUUCUGGCAAGCUUAAGGAACAAGACCUUUCCAAUUUGGACGUUACCAAAUUGACACCGUCGUCGCCCGAAGUUAUCAGUCGUCAAGCUACCAUCAACAUAGGAACAAUUGGUCAUGUAGCUCAUGGAAAAUCGACAAUAGUAAAAGCCGUAUCCGGUGUCCAAACUGUACGUUUCAAAAACGAAUUGGAAAGGAAUAUCACAAUUAAAUUAGACUCGGCAGACGAAGACAGUCAGAAUAGCUCAAAUAGUAUAUUGAGUGAAGACGUGAGGUCACAAAAAAAAAGAAAAGAACCAGAGUCUCAAACUACUCGUUCGAAAAUUAAAGUAAUCAGAUGUAGUGAAGAAAGUCUAGAUAAUAUGGAUGCGGCUUUAUCGAACGCCGAAAAAUGUUUGGAAAGUAUUAAUUCUGAAACGGUUUCUUCAGAAAACCUCAGUGCGUGUAAGAAGUCUACAGUAAUAUCUAAUACAGAUUCACCUGAUGACCAAGAAAUUAUAGAAAUAAGUGCAAAUGAAAAUAUUUUAGAAGCAACCUGUGAUAGUAGGGAUGAAAUUGUAAGCAUCAGUGAGAGCUGCCAUUCGAAUGCGUCUUCUGUUAUAGACAUAGCUUCUUGUUUUGUAGAAUCCGUAAUGGAUGAUAAUGACGACACAAUAAUUUUUGCAGACAAACCAAACAGUAACCAUAGUACUCCAAAAAAAUCGAAAUUUGUUGCCGAUGAAGAUACUGGUAGCGACUUGAGUUUUAGACAAACUUCAAAUACCUUGUUAAAUGACUCAAGAUCAUCGAUAACUUCUUUCAACGAUGAACAAUAUGAAGUGAUGUUGAGUUGCUUGUCUUCCGAUAGUAGAGUGAAAAACUUUAUGUUGGACGGCGGAAUGAUUGAUCCCGACAGUAUUGCUUAUGCUUAUGACUCGAGUGAAAUUGACAAGAUCGUUGACGACAGAGAAAUAAAUAAUGUUCGCUUGUAUUUGGUGAAGUGGAAAAAAUGGGUAAAUGGCUUCUGUACUUGGGAGCGAAUCGGUGCUUUAUACAAGUGUCAAAAACUUCUGUUCGAAUAUAUAUAUGAAAAGAAAAAAAGCAAAGACGAAUUCAAACAAGCCAAUGUUGUUCAUCCAAUGUUGUCAAGAAAAAUAAUUACUAAUUUGUUUGAUUUAUUCAGAACCAAUUCUGGAUUAUCGUUGCCUUUAUUCAAGCCGGAUGAAAUAUCGGGUAUGUUCAACUGUCUCGACAUUGGAUCCAAGCAAGUACAGAAAUUAAGAAAAAAAUCGUUGAAAAUGUGUUUGGCCACCAUUGCUUUGAGCAGUUUUAGGCAACAGCAGUUACUCGAUUUGAAGUAUUGGGAAUUGGAUAUUAAUACAGUUUCUGUGGGACAUACAAUUCAUGUGGAAAACAAUAUCGAUCUUGAAGGUCCCCCGAAAUUAUUCACUUACAUAACCAAGAGUAUUACUAAUAAAAAUAUUAUCGUACCAGAAGACCCGCCGAUCGGAUGCAGUUGUAGCAGCAAUUGUUCGUCAUCUAAUAACUGUUGUAAUGAAAUGUCUGGAUAUUCAUCGGUGUACAAUUCAUUUAAAAGUAUAACAAUAUCGCCCGGUUGCCCUGUAUUUGAAUGUAACAAAAAAUGUAAGUGUAGCUCAAACUGCUACAACAGAGUAGUUCAGCUUGGAAGCAAAGUGGAUGUUUGCAUAUUCAAAACAAAAAAAUGCGGUUGGGCUGUUAAGGCCAAUCAAAAUAUCAAUAAAGGCCAAUUCGUAGCUGAAUACAUUGGCGAGAUCAUCACGGUCGAAGAAUCGGAAAUGAGAAUAGAGAAUGGUUCUUCGUCGUCAGACUAUAUGUGGAACUUGGACUUUGACGAUCCGCAAAAUUUUAAAUACAUCAUCGACGGUUCCAAUUAUUCCAAUUUCACGUGUUUUAUAAAUCAUUCCUGUGAUGCAAACUUAGGGCUUUAUGCCGUAUGGAUCGAUUGUUUAGACAGAAAUCUACCACGACUGGCGUUAUUUGCCAACAGAAGUAUUAAUAUCGGCGAACAGCUUACGACCGAUUACUUUGCAAGAGUUGAUGAAGACUUGUUAAAAUCUAGUGGUGUUAAAUGUAAAUGUGAUUCCAAAGACUGUAAAAGUUAUUAUUUUUAAACACCUUAGGUAUUCAGCAUAUUGUAUGUGGAAUUUGUUUAUAACAUUUAUUUAUUUUAUUUUGAAACCAUAAUUUGGUAUAUUACCUAUUUAAUUAAAAAAAUUAUAUUUUUAAUAAUUUUUUUUUUUCCUAAAAUACAUUUAUGUAUAAAACAAAAAAAUUGUACAACAUAUUUUUCAAUUGAAAAUGUAAGUUUAAUUUAUAUUAAUAAAAAGUUUCUGUUGCUA